AUGCACACUCUGAUCUUAUUUAGAACCGUUCACUCUGUCUCCAAUUUCUACAUUUUCUCCAGUACCAUUCUGCUUACGUCAGCAGUAAUUCUUGCAAUAUUUUUCUUUUUUGGCGAUGGAUUUUUCCGAGAAAAGUAUCGCAGAGAGUUCUCCACAAAUUCCAAAGAAAAGGACGGAAACAAGAACUUGACCACUGUUGAAUAAAUAUGUUUAAAUUAUAAAUAUAUUUGCAAUA